AUCGCACUCGCCUUCUCAGAGGUCGAUUGGUCGGUUGGCGUUUUAGCACAGGAAGUGCAUGGGUGUGUUUCCGAGGGGAGGGUCUAAAACUGCAACGACGAACUUCCCUGAAGACACCGUGUUUGCACAUAGGCAGGAUGGAGCUGCGGCCACUUGUUAUGUGCUUUGCUCUCUGUGUGGUUUACGCCACCAGCAAACCCACAGAGAAGAAGGACCGUGUUCACCACGAUGAACCCCUCAGUAAUCGAGAGCAUGAUGAUGCGGAGAACUUUGAUUAUGACCAUGAAGCAUUUCUAGGACAGGAGGAGGCCAAGACAUUUGACCAGCUUACACCAGAGGAGAGCAAGGAGAGGCUUGGCAUGCUGGUCGAACGUAUUGAUGAGGAUAAGGAUGGCUAUGUGACAGUUGAGGAGAUGAAGAAAUGGAUCAAACACGCUCAGAAGAGGUGGAUCUAUGACGACGUGGAUCGACAGUGGAAGAGUCAUGACCUCAACGGGGAUGAAGUGGUGUCCUGGGAGGAGUAUAAGAACGCCACAUACGGAUACAUUCUUGAUGACCCCGACCCCGAAGAUGGCUUCAGCUACAGGCAGAUGAUGGCUCGCGACGAGAGAAGAUUCAAAAUGGCCGACCAAGACAAUGACAUGAAAGCCAACAAGGAGGAGUUCACAGCCUUCCUACACCCUGAGGAGUAUGACCACAUGAAAGACAUUGUAGUGCUUGAAACUAUGGAAGACAUUGACAAGAAUGGAGAUGGUUUAAUUGAUCUGGAUGAGUAUAUAGGUGACAUGUACAACCAGGAGGGAGACGCUACAGAACCAGAGUGGGUGAAGACAGAGAGGGAGCAGUUUACCGAGUUUAGAGACAAAAACAAAGACGGGAAGAUGGACAAAGAGGAGACCAGAGAUUGGAUCCUGCCCAAUGACUAUGAUCAUGCUGAGGCUGAGGCCAAACAUUUGGUCUAUGAGUCAGAUGCAGACAAAGAUGGCCGCUUGACCAAGGCAGAAAUUGUGGAGAAGUACGACCUGUUCGUGGGCAGCCAGGCCACCGACUUUGGAGAGGCCCUGACUCGACAUGACGAGUUCUAACACCCACCUGCCUCCAAAGACUUUGCGUUCAUCUCGUGUAUACCACCUUACUCCUCUGACAGUAGAUGGAGUAUUUUAAACAAGAUGAACUCACUUAACCCAAUGCCACGGACAAUAAUUUAUUUGAUUUCUUGAAUGUGUCCCGUUGUACACACACACUAACAUUUUAAGUAAUGUGUACAUGCUUGGCCAGUGUGUCCUCAUGCUCAGCUCUAUGUAAGAUUGGGAUAUAUCACCAGCCUUUGCUCUGCUUCCACCCACCAUCCCUGUCUUGUCCAGGUCAGGCAGAGGACAAACAGUGUUAGACGACACUUUUUUUUUUUUUGUUUGUUUGAAAGGAUGUUUUUAUGGAAUAGUCAUGCUUUGUUACAAACCCCUUGAUAGAACAAGAAGUUUAGGCUUGCAGUAUACAGAAUAGCUCCUCGUAAGCAUUUCUUUUUGCAAUGCACUGGACUGUGAAGAGUAAAUCUGAUUUCUAGCCAUUAGAAUUUGUCCCACUCCAGUCUAAUCAGGUUAUUAGGUCCAAACUGAAAAUGCUAGUUGCUGAUUCACUUGAACUUUGUUUUCAUGUCUCUACUCAUCAUUUGUUGUGUAGUAUAGGUUGUUUGGAAGGAGGAGUAAACAUUAAAUUCCAGUGACAAUGAAGAACUAGUGCAAUACAGUAUCAUCAGUGGGACCACACUGUGUUUGCCAGGCUGGUCCCCAAAGCAUCCAUGUUGACACGAGCCUUCGUAAGGGCUGGUUGUGCUGUGUGUUAGUUAGUUGAAGGAAUCAAGAUGAAUUUAGGGACUUGUGGAUGCUUUGUCUUUGAAGCUGCCUCCUUUCUUCUUUCUCAUCACCUCAGUUUGUGUGUGUGUGUGUGUGUGUGUGUGUGUGUGUGUGUGUGUGUGUGUGUGUGUGUGUGUGUGUCUGUGUGUGUGGCAUGUGAAUCUAUGUGUGUACAUAGUAUUCCCGAUGACUGGCUUUCCCCAUUGUUUGAGGCUAUGUUUUGUGUUUUGUUUGAUUCAGCUGAACUACUAACUCAUUUGUGUGCCAAGCAAAAAUCUUCCUUUGUCCUUUUUUUUUGUAAGCAGUUUGGGGAAAAAACUUCUUUCUCCCUUCCUAAAUAUGUUUGUUAUGCUUGUAUUAUCACUACCACCAUUUAUAACCACUGUUGAUAAUUUUUAUGCUAUACUUUAAUGUAUAUGAUAAUGUUUUUUUACAGGCUCACUGCAGCAACAAGUCUUUCACUAGUGACUUUACUGUAAAUAAGCUGUUGGUCUGCAAACCGAGCACACUAACAAACAGGUCCAGUUUUUGUGAUUGGGAGCAAUGUCUCAAUAAAAACAAAUAAAAUUGGA